UUCAAUGCGUGCUAUUUUGUCCACUUCAGGCACAUAUUUUUCGACAUACUACGAUCAAAAUUCACUAACUACUCGACAUUCCACACACGCCUUUACACAUGCUCAAAGGAAUUCGACUUCAUAUCGUUUGAGACCCUCGGCAAAAGGCUGUUUGCGACAUGGCUACUUCCUGCGGCUAUGUUGGGCAUUCUCUUGUUCAUUGUUGCCUUCUUUUUCUCAGAGAAGAAUGAGUUACUGUAUAGAAAUGGAGAAAAAGAAAAGCCACAUGCAGAGGUUUUCUACAACGUUGUACAGGCGGCCUGUUAUGCUGUAAUGGCAGUGCUAAUUAUGCGAUUGAAGCUGUUCUUCACACCUCAUCUAUGUUGUCUGCUCUGCCACUUUAGCAACAACACAGCUUCUUCGCACAAUCAAUGUCCAUCUUGA